UUCUAUAAAAUAUUUAUAAUUAAUAAGUUAUAUUUAAUUGAUUAUAAAAUAUAGGUGAGAAACCUUAUUCGUGUACUCAAGAUGGUUGUUUGAAGACAUUCACAACUCAUUAUAGUUUGAAGACACACAUGAAUCGUCAUGAUAGAGAGGAUGAGGAAGAUAACUCUAUAACUCAGCCAUUAAUCCAGUCUACUUCUAUUGAUUCAAUAAAUGUUCAAGAUCUUUUAGGUUCAAUGUGUAGUGAAGCCAACACUAAUACAAAUAAGCAAUUUAUGAAUCCAGAAAUUCCUACAAUAUCAACAACAGCAUAUGCUGUUAUUCCAUUAACAAAUGUAAAUUUUAUAAAUAAUCAAAUCAAUGAAAAUGAAGUUUCUAUGAACAAAGUUGAUAGAGCAAGCAUUUUGCUUCCCGAAGCUUUAAGUCAGCUACAGGUUAGAAGUGCAACUGAUUUGAAGUUUCUCAAUUCAUCUCAAAUGCUGGGACCAGAGUUGCCGAGUAUUGCAAACAAAGAAAUAGAUUUUAUACAGGAUAACAACUUGUUAAAUAUGCAAAAUGCAUUGUUAGUCGAAAAUAAUAAUACAAUGAACAGUGUCGAUAUUAUAUCAACAUCAGUUAGGGAAGCUGAAAUAUGCAAAUGCAAAACUGAAUGUAAAGAGGGUGGACAUAGCUGUUGCAUGGAUUGUCCAGGUAAAGAUGAUGCUUGUGGUGACAUAAAAGAUUCCGAAGAGAUUUCUUUGCCAUCCGAUUCAGCACCUCUCGUGUAUCCAGCUUACAUCACAAGUCUUCCAGAAGUACCCGGUAAUCAACUUCUUUCAGAAUUAGAAGAAAAUCCAGUUAGUUUCUCAGAAGCUUCUUGUCAGACAGAUGAAGAUUUCUACGUGCUUGUUGGUGAAGAAGAAGAACAAUUUUCUCUGUCUUCUAGCAUUCAAGGCAUACCAGAACAAAAUUUUGAAGGUUUAAAGUGGAGUAGUAAUUAUUUUGAUCUCUUUAUUAACUUGCAAAGAUACAGUGUAUUAAUGUGAGUAUUGAACAACAAAUUUGUUGUACUGUUAAUUAUUUUUAUUUAUUAAUGAGACAAUGAUUACUUCUAAAGAAGGUUACAUUUUUCAAGUUAACAACUUUGCAAUUUGAUGCCAUAAUGAAAUUUAACAUUAACUAAUGUGAUAUGAGUUUAAAUAUUCCUCCUCAUUUGAAUGAAAUAAUUUGUAUUUUUUCAUCUAGAAGCAAUUUAAUUUUUACAAGAAUUAAAUAUAUUUUCAUUGUCAUUCCAUUUUUUAUAUUUAUAUGACUUUGAAAUAGCAUGAUAUUUUAAACUCUGAAAUUAUAUUAUGGUGAUUAGCUUCCAUAUUAAUGAUCCUAAACUAAAUUAGUUUUGAUAGAAGGAUUUAGAUGGAAGCUAAUAUUUCACUGUGAAAGUAUUGUCAUACCAUUAUUUUUUAAAAGCAAUGAUUGCUGAGAAUUUUUCCUAAUUUUAAUCCUUGAAUUUGUAUCAAACACUACAAAAGUCUGUAAUAUCUCUUACAGAUUUUUUUCCUUUUUUUUUUUUUUAAACAUUGAUUUAUUUAUUACUUGAAUUAUAUUACUUUAUAGUAAUCAAGAAUUAUUGAUCAUUAGUUACAUUAUUAAAUUACACUAUUUUUACU